AUGUCAAUUGCCAUCCCUUUCCGGCGCAUUGGUGCGCCAUCGCUCCCUUCUACUACGACCACCUACAUCUGCUCCCAGUGCCGACACGCAACGCUUCUACGCCGUCCUAAACGCCCCUACACCUUCACACAGCUCAUUACCCUUUCAGACGGAAGCACAUUUACCCACCGCACUACUUCGCCUCAAUCAGUCUAUCGAUCUCUCCGCGACACUCGCAAUGCGCCGCUCUGGAAUCCUUCGAGCGACCGCCUGCUUAACGUGGAGGAAGACGAAGCGGGUAAACUGAGAGCAUUCAGAAGCCGAUUUGGACGAGUAUGGGACUCCGCGAGUAAAGUCUCUGCAGAAGCAGGAUCGAAAAGCCGAGCGCCGGCGGAUGAGAAAACUGCACCCUCCGCAGAGGAGAUGGAAGAUGAGGAUGAUAAUUUAUUGGAUCUGAUUAGUUCGUUUGGCCAGGCGGAACCAGAAGCUCCACAGCCGAAGGCUGGGAAGAAAAAAUAA